UCGUCCUGACCACGCCGCCGCCGCCGCCAUGGAUCUCCUCCCUGAGGAGCUGCUCACCGACAUCCUCCGGCGCCUCCCGCCGCGUCCCCUCGCCGUGUGCCGGAGCGUGUCCAGGGACCUGCGCGCCGUCGUCGACGGCCGGUGCCUCCUCGCCGUGCUCGCGCGCCGCGUGCCCCGCGGCCUGCGCGGCGUCUUCAUCAACUACGUCGGGCAGGACCGCCCCUACUUCUUCUCCCGGCCCGAGCGCCGGCCGCGCAUCGACGCCGAGCUCCGCUUCCUGGAACCCAUCGAAUGGGGAGCAGUCGCGCACCACUGCGACGGCCUCCUCCUCUUCAUGGAUUGGAGCACCCUGUACGUGUGCAACCCCGCGACACGGAGGUGGGCGCGGCUUCCCCCACGGCCGGAGGGCAGCGGCGAUGACGCCGCGCACCUCGUCUUCGAUCCAACAGUCUCGCUGCACUACGAGGUGAUCUCCUUCUCCAAGGUGCCUCGCAAGCCAAAGCUACCAAUCCAGCCUGGUAUCCCAACCCAAGACCAUCAUGGUGCCAAUGACUCAGUGUAUACACUGCUGAGGAAAUCGAGGGCUUGCCAUCAUCUCUGAGGGCCAGGUACCAUCAGGAAGUGGAGACCAAGGGAUCGGUAGAAUGGCCACCUUCCACGUACACGGUGCAAGUGUUCUCAUCAAGGACCGGCCGGUGGGAGGAAAGAGCCUAUGUCCGGGAAGACGAAGUCGCAGUUACACUGUUCGACGUCUGGUCAGACCCAUAGGGACCAGAUAGUGAAACAUUGACUUACUAUGCUCCUCGGCGCAACGCCGUACUCUGGCGGGGAGCAUUCUACCUCCAUUGUCAUGGUGGUUUCGUCAUGAGGUUGUCACUGCUAGAGCACAAGUAUCAAGUGAUCAAAACACCGAGCUUAGAUAAUUUGUUUACGCAACCGAAAUUAGAUAUCAAUGAUUUUUUGAGCCAAGAAGGACCAUAUCGGAGUAAGGCAUACUGUUUGAGAGAAUUUCAAAUGGAACAGGAAUCAUUGGAUAGAGAGAAACCUGCUACGCAUCUUGGGAAAUCAGAGCAUGGGAUUUACUACACUGCUGUUUCUUGGCACCAGCUAUGAGUAUGGGUGUUGCGUGAAGCAUCAGAGUCUCGUCCAAUGCCAGAGUGGGAGUUGAAGCAUAAGGCUGACAUCAGGCCUUCUUUUUUACGGCACUACAUGCGAGAAGAUAGAGAAGAAAUCAGGACGUCCUGGAGCUUGGACCGUGGAAAAGGAGGAUCAGAUGAUCGAGUAGACUGCGGAUGGGACUCUAGUGAUGAUAGUGCUAUUAGUGUGGAAGGAGAAGAUGGAAUCGACAAUGGUGAUAGGUACUGUAAUAUAAGCUAUCGCAUGGACUUUUUGGGAUACCAUCCAAGAAAAGAGAUCGCUUUCUUGGGCGAUCGUUUCGAAGGGUUUGCUUACUACCUAGGUAGCUUCAAGUUACAAUAUCUAGGGACAUUUUACCCUGCAGGGUGCUGCCAUAGUCAGGUUGCAGCUACCCAUGAGUCAUUCAUUUACACCCCAUGCAUGGAUGAUUUGCUUCCUGAUCAGAAAAGGAACACAACACAUGGUGAGUUAACUUGGUUUCGAGGAUAUGUCUCCUUGCUGUAAGGACCGCAGCUCGGUUUCGAGGAGGACGGCGCACUGCAGCUUGUUGUCGCGGAACAUGCCUUCAAUGGCGUGCCACAGGAGGAAGGCGUCGUGGCGAUCGCGGCGAACCAUGUCGAAGAUGCCUGUGGAGACGGCGGCAAGGAUCCAGUUGACGAUGCAGGAGUCCACCAUGCGCCAUUCGCCAUCGCG